GCACGGCAUUCGCCUCUCCCUCGCGGUUUAAGAACGCAGCCUUUACUGCCCCGAUAAAUUAGGUUUUGGUACUUUGCAUCACGCCACGCGAAACCUCUCAUCUACCAUAUAUAUAUAUAUAUAUAUAUACAUUUCUUUUCCCGCGAGUGUGUAAAUCAUUAAAGGAUUUUUCUUUGGGUCGUCACCCCUAGUGUCCUCCUCUUUCCCUCCCCCCUCCUCCUCCUCCUCCUCCUCUUUCUCCGCCCUCUAUUACUAAGCAGGCAAUCCCGCCAGCGAGAACGCUGUUGCUUGUUCGCAAUAGAGGGCGAAUCAAAGCAGAAGGUAAGACCAUUCGUGCUCUCUUCCUCGCGCCGCUGACGCUCGUCUUGUAACUUCAUCGUUCCCUCCACGGACGCGCAUCAUUCUAGCCAUCCCGUGCGUCGCUCACACGAGCCCCUUUUCCCUUUCUUUUUCUUCCUGUGUGCUUUUGUGGUGGUUGUUUCUGUUGUCAAUUCAUUCUCCUCUCCUCUGCGCACUCCAAGAUGUCCCGCCGGUCCUCCGCUCCGUUGCUCUGCGUGGCGUACGUGCUCUGCAUGGUGAGCUUCUCCUACAUGUUUUCCACCUCCGCCUCCUCUUCCCACGCGGGUUUGCUCUUCGCGGCGGCGCAGGGCUCUGCGACCGCCAGCGGCAGCUCCACGCAGUGCAGCAUCGCCACCUGGAUUACCACUCCUGCCCCGACCAUCAACGGCAACGUUAUCUACCCGAACAACUCCAUCCCCUACGUCCGCCACGCCUAUCCCCUGCCCCCUGAAACCUUCUUCAUUGCGCACUGGUACGUGGGUAUCAUCAUCAUCGUGUUGGUGGUGUUCGGAGCUUACAUCCUGCUCGCCAUGUGGGUGUGCUAUCACUUUGAGUUCUGUGAUCAGCGCAAGGCGAAGAAGGUGGUGAUCGAGUCCUACAUGGCAACAGGUUUCUUCGACAUCGACCGCUACGUGGACCGCCGUGCGCGGGACGAGGACCACGCAAGGGCGGAGAUGGCCGACCGCGGCAGCCGCACGCGCAGCUUCGCUGCGUCGGGGUCCUACAACGACUCCUACGACGACUCGUACAGCGAUAAUUACGGUAGUCGCAGCUCGUCAGAGGAGGACGAGGACGACGGCGUGGUGGAUAUGAACCCGCUCCGCCGAGAACGGUAA